UGGCGCGGCGGGCCCCGUCCUGGAGCCGGCUGGACCGACAGCAGGAGCGCGAUGUGCGCGAGCUGGUGCGCCAUGUGGCAGGCCUCCGGGAUGAGGCGGACCCCAACUUCCAGCUGUGCCUGAACUUCGCCUGGUCCAACUUCAGAUUCCAUCGUUUCUUGGAUGUGAACAGUCACAAAGUAGAAAAGACCAUAGAAGGAAUUUAUGAAAAAUUCAUCAUUCAUUCCGAUCUCGGUAAAGCUGCUAGUUGGAAGAGAUUAACUGAGGAAUUUCUCAAUGCAUCACUUCCGAGCACAAAGGAGACAAAGGGACCAACACUUGUACAGCAGCGACCCGUUGUACGUUCCCGAUGACAGUUUUUGUGACUGAGACACAGGUUAUCCGGGAAACACUAUGGUUACUCUCAGGAGCCAAAAAGCUCUUUAUCUUUCAGCUGAUAGAUGGGAAGGUAACUGUGAGGAACGACAUUACCGUCACCCAUUUGACCCACAGCUGUCUGCGGUCGGUGCUGGAGCAGAUGGCGGCCUACGGGCAGGUGGUGUUCCGGCUCCAGGAGUUCAUCGACGAGGUCAUGGGCCACGGCCCUGAGAGCUUGCUGCCGGGGAACGGGAACGGCCACAAGAAGCUCACGGAGGCCCCCUUCCGAACCUACCAGGCGUUCAUGUGGGACCUGUACAAAUACUUCAUCACUUUCAAAGAAGAACUUAUAGAAAUUGAGAAGUGUAUCAUCAAUAACGACACCACAGUAACUCUUGCCAUCGUGGUGGACAAGCUGUCGCCCCGCCUGGGGCAGCUGAAGGUUCUGCACAGAAUCUUUAGCACCGGGAUAGCCGAGGUCCCGCCGGACACGCGGAACGUCGUUCGGGCGUCUCCCCUGCUUAACACCCUGUACAAGGCCAUCCUGGAGUAUGACAACGUGGGGGAGGCCUCUGAGCAAAUGGUGUCCCUGCUCUUCUCCCUCUGGGUGGAGACCGUGUGGCCCUACCUGCAGAUCGUGGACGAGUGGAUCGCGCACGGCCACCUGGGCGACUGCGCACGGGAGUUCAUCAUCCAGAGAAACAAAAAUGUUCCGGUCAAUCACAGAGACUUCUGGUACGCAACCUACACGCUCUACAGUGUGUCGGAAAAGACAGAGAACGAAGAGAAGAUGAGCGACAACGCCAGCGCGAGCUCCGGCAGCGAGCAGGGCCCCUCCAGCCGCCAGCCCACCAUGGUGUCCUUCCUCAGGCCCGUGCUGAAGCACAUCAUCAUGGCCGGCAAGUCCAUGCAGCUGCUGAAGCACCUGCAGGCCGGGGACGGCACCACGGGCCAGGCCACGGCCAGAGGUGGGCCCUUCCCACACGCCUCUCGCGGCAGGGGCUGCUCUGCUGCUGUCUCUGCUCUUGUCAUCCGAGACACGGAAUGAUUCUGUAGUUUUCUGUUUGUUUUGUUGUUUAUAAUUUUUAGAGAGAGGGGAAGGGAGGGAGAAACAUCAAUUGGUUGGUUGCCACUCGUAUGUACCCCAAACAGGGACAGAACCCACAACCCAGGCUUGUGCCCUGACUGGGGAUUGAACCUGGGACUGUGGGCUUGCAAGACCUCAACAAAACCUUCUAGUUACACGGAAAUUAGCACCAUGAUCAAGGGAGUAGAUCAUGCUGCUUCUAAUAGGAAAAAGGUUGUCCUCAUUGGAAAUGUCUAGCACUUGCUCUGGCCAGUGUGGCUCAGUGGAGUGAAUGCUGGAGUGCUAAGCAAAAGCUUGUUGGUUCGAUUCCCUGUCAGGGCACAUGCCUGGUUGUGGGCCAGGUCCCCAGUUGGGGGUGUGCUAGAGGCAAAUAAUUGAUGUUUCUCUCCCUAUCUUUCUCUCUCCCUUCUCUCUAAAAAUAAAUAUAUUUCUUUAUAUUUCUUUAAAAGACAGAAAGAAAUUUAUAGCACUGUAUUUGAAAGACAGUGAUAAGAAGUUCCACAUGUAUUUUCCUUACUCUUGAUUCCUGAG